AAAACUCACCAGACACACUUUCUCUCUCCUCUCUCCUCUCUCUCUCUCUCUGUCUCUGUGAUCAAAAUCGGAACUUGAUCACCAAACCUUGCCUAGAUUCUCGAAAGAGAUGUUUUUUCCGAGCCGCCUCGUCUCCGGCGACCUCGCUCCCCUCCCUCCGCCGUCGCCGGAGAAGAUCUACUGGGUCUCCGCCGUCGAGGGCAUCCUGAACUACAAGUUCAAGAAGCCGGCGCUGCUGGAGGAGGCCCUGACGCACUCCUCCUUCCCGGACGCCCCGUCCUACGAGCGGCUCGAGUUCGUCGGCGACUCCGUCCUGGAGCUCGCCGUCAGCAACCACCUGUUCCUGGCGCACCCGGAGCUCGACCAGGGGCGGCUCUCGAACCUGCGGUCGGUGAACGUCAGCACCGAGAAGCUCGCCCGGGUGGCCGUGCGCCACGGGCUGUAUCGGUUCCUCAGGCACAAUGUGCAGUCCAUGGACGACAAGGUUACAGAGUUUGCCAGAGCAAUUGAGGAGGAAGAUGAUGCUGUUGCACAUGGGGGAUCAGUUAAAGCCCCAAAAGUUCUUGCAGAUAUUGUAGAGUCUUUGGCAGCUGCUAUCUAUAUCGAUGUCAACUUUGAUCUACAGAGAUUGUGGGUGAUCUUCAGAGGUUUACUGGAGCCUAUUGUUGGCCCUGAAGAAUUGCAGCAGCAGCCUCAACCGAUCACAAUGUUAUUUGAGGUUUGUCAAAAGCAGGGAAAGAAGCUAGAGAUAAGGCAAGGGAAGAAAGGUUCAACUAAUAUAGCUAGUGUCUAUGUUGAUGGCAAUUUCAUUGCCUCAUGUUCUUCCGAGCAUAAGGAAAUUGCUAAGCUUAAUGCUGCCAGGAGAUCUUUGUCUCAAUUACUAGCACAAUUAGAGCCCUCCAACCGUGGAAUGAUGGAAAUAGAUGGGUUUGAUGGUCCCUUUGAAAUUGAGGGAGCCAAACAGAAGUUGCACGAGCUUUGUGACAAAAAGAAAUGGCCCAAACCUAUCUACCGAAAGAAUGAGUCGGGCCCUCCACAUAGUAAGAAAUUUAUUUGUACAGUUCAAAUAGCUACAGUCGAUGGUGUGUACACUAUGGAGGGGGAAGAAAGAUCAAGAGUCAAAGAUGCAGAGAACUGUGCCGCUUCCCUACUGUGCCGUGCCUUGCACGAAUAUAAUUAUCUUUGAGUCUCUCCUGAGCGUAAGAAUUUGGAGAGAAACCCUUUGCUAAUUCUUUGCAGCAGCUUUGUCCAGAAGAUGACUCCCAUAAACAAGGGGAGUUCUCUGUCCUGUGAUGAGCUUGCAAAGAAGCAGUUAUAAGAGGAUGCAUUCUCUAUAUUCUUAUGGUUGGUGGAGACUUAUAGAUAAUUAGAUUUGUUCAAAGCAUGGAAGGUUUGGGUGGGUAAAUUAUUAGAUACAUGUCGCUUGUAUUUUCUGAUUGGAUUUCAAAUUUCUCAUUUCUUUUAGUUCUCUUUCCAGUUGUUGAGAACUGGCAUAAAUGUUCAGGUUACCAUUUCCAAUAAUAUGUUAUUUAAAUAA